CCCUGCUGACACGAGCAGCAAGCAAACCAACCAACCAAGUAAGCAACCACCAACGUCACACGGCUGAGUGUAAAGUACACGGCUGAGUGAAGCGGUCAUUCAGACAGCUGCUCUAAACCGCGGGUUCAAAACACGACAGCCACCACCAGACACAACGUCGUGGGCCCCAGGCAUAAAUAUUUACAUGUGUGCGGUCUUGGGACACUUCCCUCCGCUGGGACCAGCAGUCAACAGGAGAAUGCGUGGUUAGUGGACCGAAGCAUCCAUCUCAUCUGCCCUUCUUCCGGGUCAAACGUUUCUUGUGGCGGCAACUAGUGAAAGCGAGGCGUCACACAACUGUAAUCCUAGCCCUCAAGGACAACUUAGAGAAAGGCCUAUGCAUUGUUCACUGCACAGCGACGCCACUAACGGAGACGGCGGUGAAUUCUUCGAAACGUCAGGGGAACAACAAAAGGGUUUCGGAGUGUGAGACACGUUUCCGAACUUUCGGUUCUGUGCGCGAAAUCGUUUAUCAAGUGUUACUUCCGCGAAGCAUCGCGUCAGUGGUAAUUUAUUUUAUCUGAAACAGUGUUUCGUACGGGCUUCAGUUCACUUUUCCCGUUUAUUCGUUUAUUUAAAUUGGUUUGGAUUAACGCUCGGCGGCUCCACUCUUCAGCAACUGUGCUGUCCCGCUUAGCCUGUCUGUGUGACAUACACACAGACACAGUUUGGAAGCAGAGAAGGGAACUAAUAUUCUCGCAAAAGGAGUGGCUGAGGGUGCGACAGUCAGCAGCAGGCUGGGAGCGAGUCUACUGCCGCUGCGAGAGCAAGAGGUCGUCGGCCCUCCCUGUUUCCCUCGAGACCCGAACCCACACCCGGGCAAGACGCUGAGCCUCGGGGCUAGCCUCGUGGCGGGGUCGGGGAGGGAUCCCACCUGCGCCGAAGCCUUCUGGAAAAUGCCCCACAAAGAGGAGGAACAUCACGUAGGCGCUAGUACCAUAUUUGGAUGCUCUGCUGCAGGCCACAGCGGAAUCAACCAGCUCGGUGGGGUCUACGUGAACGGCCGGCCCCUCCCCGACAGCACCCGGCAGAAGAUAGUUGAGCUGGCGCACUCGGGCGCAAGGCCAUGUGACAUCUCUCGUAUCCUGCAAGUCUCCAACGGCUGCGUCUCCAAGAUCCUGGGCAGGUACUACGAGACUGGUUCAAUCAAGCCGCGGGCAAUAGGCGGCUCGAAGCCAAGAGUUGCCACGUCCAAUGUAGUGAACAAAAUAGCGGACUACAAGAGGGAGUGCCCCUCCAUUUUUGCAUGGGAGAUCCGAGACCGUCUGCUAUCGGAGGGCGUCUGCACCAACGACAACAUACCUAGUGUGUCUUCAAUAAACCGGGUGCUACGGAACCUUGCCGCGCAAAAGGAGCAGCAAGUGACCGCGCAGAACGAGUCCGUCUACGACAAGUUGAGGAUGUUCAACGGGCAGCCCGGGGGGUGGGCCUGGUACCCCGGAACGCCUCCCACGCCGCACCUCAGCCUACCCCCAAACCCUGCAGCCGCCACGGUAUUGCCUGGCGCCCAGGUCACCCGUGAUGACAUCCAGAAGCGAGCGGGAGAUGCGGUGCACGAGAGCACCUCAGACGGGAACUCGGAACACAACUCGUCAGGUGAUGACGACUCCCAACUGCGCCUGCGCCUCAAGAGGAAGCUGCAGAGGAACCGCACGUCCUUCACCAAUGAACAGAUCGACAGCCUUGAGAAAGAGUUCGAGCGAACGCACUACCCAGACGUCUUUGCGCGGGAAAGACUGGCAGAGAAAAUCGGCCUUCCCGAAGCACGAAUUCAGGUUUGGUUCAGCAAUCGAAGAGCAAAAUGGCGUCGCGAGGAAAAACUGCGCAAUCAGAGGCGCGCGGCGGAGCAGGUGGGGGUGAGUCCCCCGGGACCCGCGGGUCGCCUGCCAAUCAACUCGGGCUUCAACUCCAUGUACUCUUCGAUCCCACAGCCUAUUGCAACCAUGGCGGACACAUACAGCUCCAUGUCCAACAGUCUCAGCAGCAUGGCCGCGGCGGGCAGUUGCUUGCAGCAGCGGGAGCACAGUAGUUACCCCUACAUGUUCCACGACCCGCUGCACUCCCUCAGUUCCACUUACAAUCAUUCGGCAGCACGAGCGGCUGUGUCCAACCCCGCAGUGGCUCAUUCUCAGAGCGCGAUCAACACGCACCCGUCGUACGGUGGCGUCACCACUUCGUCAACGCCUGCUACCGGCACCGGCGUCAUCUCGGCCGGAGUGUCGGUCCCCGUUCAGAUCCCGAGCCAGGCUCCAGACCUCACCUCCAACUACUGGCCCAGAAUCCAGUGAUCUCAACUUUUCGGUUUUCCUCCGCCGAGGCUUCUCGUGCAUGAGGAAAACCCCGUAGCAGCGUCUCCAUCUUGCUCCUCAACGUCUACAACGACGUCCGCCGCUACAGCGACAACAAACAGCAUCGUCGCGUCGACGCUGCUGCUGCAUCAACACGCUAGUUCGACGUCGACGUUGUCCCAGCAGGUGCCUCGUGAUGGCGUCCCGACGGCAGCUCUAAGUGACGCCACACAAACACAACAUGCAAUGGGCAUUACGUCUCACCAUGACGCGCACUGAAACGGAUAUUUCUGCUACCAUCGAUAAGUACAAGACGCCUACAUUGUGUAUACCUUCUGACAUAAUUACUUUGAAUGUAGUUUGAAGCGAAGUUAGGCCUUCUAAACCAGUAUCUUCCUUCCAUCUAUCUGUUGUCCGAUUUUAAUCGAUUACAGAUCGAUAAUACAGUGUGUAUCCAUUACAUCGACCAACCGGUUAAUGCUGUUUAGGGAAACAGUCGCUGUUUAUUGUGAGAACCAUACAGAACAUACAG